AUGUCUCCACCGCAUACCAAGAUCGCCAAAGAGCAACGCACAGUACAGCCGCUGCGAUCAGCCGUUCAAUUUCACUGCAAAGUUUGCGUCGAGGAGAAACUCUUCUCCCAGGCCCUCUCACUGCUCAUCAGCAGCCUGCAAGCAGGUCUCGACACCGAUUCACCCGCAUUCCUACCUUCAUCACCUUACUUCAACCUCUUCUCCACACUGGUCGUACAUCCGACGUACAACACUCGAACGAACAACGCCGACAAGAAGAACGAAUCGAAUGCGGCACUGAGGUACAUUCGCAAUGUCGUGGAAGUUGUCGGCGCAGGCAAUGGCACACUGAAGAACGCUUUCCGGUUCGACGGCCCUUUGCGGAGUGAUCGCUCUAAUCGAGCUAAGACACGACAAGCGGAUGUGGUCGAUGCAAGUGGCGAGAGCAGUCUGGACAGCCCAUACGCCGGUCUGCAGUCGGUAUCGAAUCGAGCACAAGACUUCUGGGCUGUUGUUGGCUGGGCUUUCAAUUGCAGUGUGCGGCACAAGGCAAGAUGGAGCAGGUGGAGUCUUUGGCUGGAGCUGAUGAUGAAUAUCCUGGAGGAGGACCUCACAAGAGCUGCGAGCUGUGAACCUGACGAAGUUGCUGACAGUCUGUUUGCUCACUACCUAUCUCCGAUUGGCGAAGGGAGGAAUAACAGGCGUCGAGUGAUGCGGGCGAUCACAGCCGAUGGGACAACGAAGAGCAUGGCAGAGUUCGGUGAGAUCUGGAAAGACGAGACCAACCCACCGAAGAAGCAGGACGACGAACGAGCACCUAAGCGGCAGAAGCUGGAUCUGGAAAAGGGACAAUAUGGUGACUAUUUUGACGAUGAGUCGGAAGUGGAGGACAUCUUAGGCCAGAUUGACGAUGCCGAUGCGCGCGACGGAACCUACGACAUGCCCUCAGACCAGGGAUGUGAAGCUGCCGGAGUGGAGGCAUUUGGAGGCAUGGAAUCGAUGCGACUAAGACAAAGGCUCCUGGUGCUACUUGCUCGGAUCAGCUCAGAUGCUCCACAUCUAUUCGCCGAGACAGAGGACCUCUUCGACCUCUUCGCCGAAUUCUUCCGUCCGCUACCACUAGAUGUAUUCCAACAAUUCGUCACCCCGCAGACGCCAUACUUUGCUCCCGACUUACAGGCAUCAUUCAAUGCAAUGCUCUUCCGUCCGUUGCUCGGGUCAUCCACAACCACAGGCAUCAUCACACAGGAGAUCUUCGAGGAGCAGUUCGCGGCCAACGCCGCAACGAAUACAUCGUUGGAAGACAAUGCCAAAGUCAGUCUGUUGACCGAGAGUCUCCUACGAGCAUUGUGGAGUACGAAGCUGCUGUCGAGUGAUUUCUCGCGAUUGGGGAAUGUCGUGGAGGAUGGCAUCAACGCGAGGAACGAUAAAGUCUCCGGUCGAAAAGGCAAUGCGAAGCGAAGUGAGGCGGAGGCUCACGCGAGACAGCUGCUGAAGUGCUCUUCGGAACGUCUGAGAGUGCUCGUCCUUGUUGCUGCGAGCUGA